AUGGCUCUUCGUCAUAAUCCCCUCGCCUUUCUCAUCGUACCUUUCUGCUCGGAAUAUAGGUUCACAACUGUCGCAAAAUCUCCGGAGAGCUCACUCGGCGACCUCUUGCUAGUCGCUUCCAUAGCCAAAACCCUGUCCAAGCCCGGAGGAAUUCACACUCUGGACAAAGAUGGCGACUCGAUCCCCCUCUCCGAGGAGCUUGUCCUCCAGAUCCUCCGCCGUGGCUCCCUCGACGCCGCCAGGAAACUGGAUUUCUUCCGGUGGUGUUCCCUCAGGCAUAAUUACAAACACUCGACGUGCACAUACUCUCAGAUGUUCGGGUCCAUCUGCUUUUUGCCCAACCACCAUUACAACGAUAUCCUCGAGCUGCUUGCCUCAAUGAGGCGCGAUGGAUUAACGCUGGAUUCAUCGACUCUGAAGCUGAUCCUUGACGGAUUUAUCAAGUCCGGUAAGUAUGAUUCUACCUUGGGAGUAUUGGAUUACGUCGAGAGGGAAUUGAUCGAUAAGAGGCGUUUGAGCCCUGAUGCGUAUAGCCCAAUUGUAGUUGCUCUUGUGAGAAAAAACCAGCUGCUCGUCAGCUUGAAGAAAUCAGGCAUGAAAGACAAAUUCAUGGAGGUUUUCGGUAAGCUUCGUGCCACGAAACUGUACCCGCUUGAUAGAUGGGGUUAUAACAUAUGCAUCCACAUGCUAGGAUGCUGGGGUGAUUUGAGCAUUGCAUUGAGUCUGUUUAAGGAGAUGAAGGGGAAAAGUGGUUCGUUCGAUCCGGAUUUGUGCACGUGCAAUAGCUUGAUACACGUGCUUUGCUCGCUUGGUAAGGUGAAAGAUGCCCUCACUAUGUGGGAAGAGCUGAAAAGCUCGUCAGGUCACGAACCCGAUUCGUACACUUAUCGAAUUCUCAUUCAGGGCUGUUGUAAAUCCUACAGAAUUAAUGACGCCCUGCAAAUAUUUAGUGAGAUGCAGUAUAACGGAGUACGUGCAGAGACUGUUGUUUAUAACUCCCUUCUCGAUGGCUUGUUAAAGUCAAGGAAAUUGAACGAAGCCUGCAAUCUUUUUGAUAAAAUGGUGGAUGAUGACGGGGUUCGAGCCUCGUGCUGGACGUACAACAUACUCAUAGACGGGCUGUUAAAAAACGGGAGGCCUGAGGCUGCUUAUACCUUGUUUUCUAAUUUAAAGAAAAAAGGUAAUAAUUUCGUGGACAGUGUCUCAUAUAGUAUUGUGAUUUUGCAUGCUUGCCGGGAGGUAAAGAUCGAGGAAGCAUUGAAAUUGGUGGAGGAAAUGGAGGCUAGGGGUUUUGUGGUUGAUUUAAUCACGAUAACUUCGUUGUUAACUGCUCUUUACAGGCGAGGUCUAUGGGAUUUGAUCGAGAAGCUUAUGCGGAAACAUUUAAGGGAUGGGAAUUUGGUCCUUUCUAUUCUCAAGUGGAAAUCGGCAAUGGAAGGCUCGCUGAAGAGCCCACAGAGUAAGGAUAAAGACCUCAUGCCAAUUUUCCCUUCAACAAACCAUUUUUCUUCUAGUAAUUACAGUUUUCAUAAGCCACACCACCGUUCUCCGAUCAUGCGCCAUGGCCGAAGAUGGAGAAAAAUGGCCCUUCUUCAUAAUCCCCUCGCCUUUCUCAUCGUACCUUUCUGCUCGGAAUAUAGGUUCACAACUGCCGCAAAAUCUCCGGCGAGCUCACUCGGCGACCUCUUGCUAGUCGCUUCCAUAGCCAAAACCCUGUCCAAGCCCGGAGGAAUUCACACUCUAGACAGAGAUGGCGACUCGAUCCCCCUCUCCAAGGAGCUUGUCCUCCAGAUCCUCCACCGUGGCUCCCUCGACCCCGCCAGGAAACUGGAUUUCUUCCGGUGGUGUUCCCUCAGGCAUAAUUACAAACACUCGACGGACACAUACUCUCAGAUGUUCAGGUUCAUCUGCUUUUUGCCCAACCACCAUUACAACGAUAUCCUCGAGCUGCUUGCCUCAAUGAGGCGCGAUGGAUUAACGCUGGAUUCAUCGACUCUGAAGCUGAUCCUCGACGGAUUUAUCAGGUCCGGUAAGUAUGAUUCUGCCUUGGAAGUAUUGGAUUACGUCGAGAGGGAAUUGAUCGAUAAGAGGCGUUUGAGCCCUGAUGCGUAUAGCCCAAUUGUAGUUGCUGUUGUGAGAAAAAACCAGAUUUCCUUAGCUUUGUCUAUUUUUCUCAAGCUUCUGAAUUCAUCCACUGUUGGGGACAGUUUAGUCAUUCCCGAUGCUAUUGCCUGUAACGAGCUGCUCGUCAGCUUGAAGAAAUCAGGCAUGAAAGACGAAUUCAUGGAGGUUUUCAGUAAGCUUCGUGCCACGAAACUGUACCCGCUUGAUAGAUGGGGUUAUAACAUAUGCAUCCACACGCUAGGAUGCUGGGGAGAUGAAGGGGAAAAGUGGUUCGUUCGAUCUGGAUUUGUCACGUACAAUAGCUUGAUACACGUGCUUUGCUCGCUUGGUAAGGUGAAAGAUGCCCUCACUGUGUGGGAAGAGGUGAAAAGCUCGUCAGGUCACGAACCCGAUUCGUACACUUACCGAAUUCUCAUUCAGGGCUGUUGUAAAUCCUACAGAAUUAAUGACGCCCUGCAAAUAUUUAGUGAGAUGCAGUAUAACGGAGUACGUGCAGAGACUGUUGUUUAUAACUCCCUUCUCGAUGGCUUGUUAAAGUCAAGGAAAUUGAACGAAGCCUGCAAUCUUUUUGAGAAAAUGGUGGAUGAUGACGGGGUUCGAGCCUCGUGCUGGACGUACAACAUACUCAUAGACGGGCUGUUAAAAAACGGGAGGCCUGAGGUUGCUUAUACCUUGUUUUCUGAUUUAAAGAAAAAAGGUAAUAAUUUCGUGGACAGUGUCUCAUAUAGUAUUGUGAUUUUGCAUGUUUGCCGGGACGGAAAGAUCGAGGAAGCAUUGAAAUUGGUGGAGGAAAUGGAGGCUAGGGGUUUUGUGGUUGAUUUAGUCACGAUAACUUCGUUGUUAACUGCGCUUUACAGGCGAGGUCUAUGGGAUUUGACCGAGAAGCUUAUGCGGAAACAUAUAAGGGAUGGGAAUUUGGUCCUUUCUAUUCUCAAGUGA